AUGACUGGGCGCAGCGACAUGGAGCCGCCCGCCGCUUUCUCGGGCUUCCCGGCCCCGCCCUCGGUCGCGCCGUCGGGGCCGCCGCCUUCGCCGCUUGCCGGUGCCGAGCCGGGGCCUGAGCCUGAGGAGGCGGCCGCGGGCCGCGGGGAGCCGGAGCCCGCGCCCGCUCCGGGCCCGGGCCGGCGGCGGCGGCGGCCCCUGCAGCGCGGGAAGCCGCCCUACUCGUACAUCGCGCUCAUCGCCAUGGCCCUGGCGCACGCCCCGGGCCGCCGUCUCACGCUGGCCGCCAUCUACCGCUUCAUCACCGAGCGCUUCGCCUUUUACCGCGACAGCCCGCGCAAAUGGCAGAACAGCAUCCGCCACAACCUCACGCUCAACGACUGCUUCGUCAAGGUGCCCCGCGAGCCGGGCAACCCGGGCAAGGGCAACUACUGGACGCUCGACCCGGCGGCCGCCGACAUGUUCGACAACGGCAGCUUCCUGCGGCGCCGCAAGCGCUUCAAGCGCGCCGAGCUGCCCGCGCUCCCCACCGCGCCGCCCGCGCCCGCCGCCGGCCCGCCGCCCUUCCCCUACGCGCCCUACGCGCCCGGCCCGGGUCCCGCGCUGCUCCCGCCGCCCCCCGCCGCCCCGGGCCCCGCGCCGCCCGCGCGCCUCUUCAGCGUCGACAGCCUGGUCAGCCUGCCGCCCGAGCUGGCGGGGCUGGGCGCCCCCGAGCCGCCCUGCUGCGCCGCGCCCGACGCUGCUUUCCCGCCCUGCGCGGCCGCCGCCUCCCCGCCGCUCUACUCGCCGCCGCCCGACCGCCUGGGGCUGCCGCCGACGCGCCCUGGCCCCGGCCCCGGCCCGCUGCCCGCCGAGCCGCUGCUGGCUUUGGCGGGGCCCGCGGCCGCGCUUGGCCCGCUUGGUCCCGGGGAGGCCUACCUGCGGCCGCCCGGCUACGCGUCGGGGCUGGAGCGCUACCUGUGA